AUGAAAAUGGUCGAGCACGGUCCCUACGAGUAUGACUUCGACCCAACAGAGGUCGGAGACCUAUUCGACUCAGUCUCGCAGCUUCUAUCUCGUGAGCCCAGUCUCUUACAGUUAGCUUCUGAUGUGUGGAUCUAUGGCAAUUUGGACGGCAGCUAUGCGUACGUUUCUUACAAAGAGUAA